CAAUGCAACUUCCAAGAUAGCUUGUUUUUAACAACAGGCAAAUUGUAUCCUCACAAGAUUGUAACAUGUACUGUGCCACGCUGGAUAUACACAUGUAUACGCCAGUCGUGACUGCUAUGCUUCGUCACGGUCUUAACCAAUGACGCUUUCGAUUCAUGCAAGUAAAUUAUUUUUAGAGAAGUCUUACCGCCUAACAUUGAGUUUUCUUUCUGUCACAUGUAUUUGACCAUCAGUGGAUACCUUUUAUGAUAUCAGAUGUUUUCCAGUAAACAAGAUACUUCUAUUUUUCCCUUCAGAUUUACUUAGCCAUUAUGUGUAUAUUAUUAUACGAAAUGUGAUUUAAGAAUAUUAGUAAACGUUGAAUAUAUCAUCAACCACGUUGUGUUUUGCUCGAACUUUUAUUAUUUCGAUUUAUGCGGGAAACACGAAGCUGUCUGUCGCGCUGAAUAUAACAUUACUGAAUACUGUUAUAAUACUGUGUAACCAUAUUACUAGCUUUAAUAAGUUACCAGUAAACUUACCACGGGAUGGUUGACAUCUGUACCGUUUCAACCGACACGUGCUUAUUGUUUGUAUUGCAAAAAAAAUCUUCAUGCGCAUCGUCUUUCUUUAUUAAAACACACAUGUACGAUGAAGCAUCAACGUGCAGCCUUAUUGCACGAAGCGGAAGAAAAAAAGAAGGCUGCAGCUAGAAAUGCAAGUAUGGGAGAGGAUGUUGAAGUAGAAGAGGUUGACGAAAUUGAGGCUGUUGAGUAUGCUAAAACAGAAAUAGAAGAAAAUGAGGAUGAGGUAGAAUACGUUGUUGAAAGAUUAGAAACAGACGAUGAACUGGAUGAAACACAAAUCAAGGAUCCAAAUGAAGAUGUUGGUGGUAAAAUUGAAGAGGAAGAAGAAGAGGAGGAGGAGGAAGAAGUAACGCAUAUUCAAGUACCUUCAGACGAAGAAGAUGUCAAGCAUUCUAUGAAAAAGAUUAAAAUAGAAAGAGUGAAGCAGUGUGAGGAUUCUUUGACCGAAGCGAUGGAUCAUAUGCAAAGUGAAUAUUUAGAAGAAGCAGAUAAUCAAGAUACUGUACAGUUGGAAAUGGUUGUUGAGUCAGAAGACCAAAGCAAUCCUGAGAUGGAAGUUAUGUCAAUUCUUCCUGACACAGAAGAUUCUACUAAGGAAGAAUCCUUGAAAGAAACCCGUGAAAAUGAAAGAGCGGUUCGACGAGGCGACAAUAAAUUAGAUAAAAAAACUGGGAAAUUAUUGCAAGACGAAUGUAAACAGCACGGAGAUUCGGGAAUAGUAAUGGCGUGUCCAUUACCUAUUUUAGGUACUACUUAUCAAAUAAACACUUCGACAGGACCUACGUCUAAUACGAUAGGUGUGCUUCAGCCUAUGAAUACGAUCCCUAUUGCGCCCGCACAAAAUAAAACGAUUACUUUGACGUCGGGUGGUAAAACUUUAACUUUAACAGGCGGCACAUUCCAACCUGGUACUCAAUACGUCUUGAGUAAAUUAAAGAAUAAACUUCCUACUUUGAUCAUGGCUGAUAAAAAACCUACAAUUGCAGCUAAUCAAGUAGAGGACGCCACGAAGGGCGUCCAGAUAAAUAAAGAUCAAAUGGCUGUAGCAAGUACUAGUUAUCAAAAUGUAAAAAAACAUGUGCUUUUAAAGAAUUUUAAGUCCCCUCUAAUUAAGAAGCCCCGUAUUUCUACUCACGUUAUGGAUACGAGUAAAGGUCUACCAGUGGGAGGUUUGCAAGUCAGUCUGUAUAAGUUGAUGGAUGGUCGUUGGACUUUUUUGAACGAAAGCAAUACCAGUCCAAAUGGCAGAUGUGUAGAUUUAGUGGAUAACAUGAAACAUUUCACGGCCGGACGUUACAAGAUUCAUUUUGACGUCGACAAGUAUUUUACAUUAAGAAGAAUAGAAACAAUGUACCCGUUCAUUGAGAUUGUUUUUGAUGUAAAAAAUCCUGCCGGUCACUAUCACAUACCGGUACUAUUGAGCCCGUUUGGUUAUACCACUUACCGUGGUUCUGAAAGAUGAAUAUUAACAGAAUUACGAUAUCUAUCAAGUAUUUUGUUGCUUUGUAAAAAUAUCAAAUUACACGAAAAUAAAUGUUUUUUACAAUU